CGUGAAACGUCAAACGAAUUGGCGCGAACUGUUUUCCACAAACAAAUCGCGAGUUGAGAAAGCAUCAAGAAUUUAACUAAAAAAGGCCAUAAAAUGGUAGAAAGAAUCGAAGACCUUAAUCUGCCCAACACGGCGGUAACGCGGCUCAUCAAGGAAGCGAUCCCGGCGGAGGUGAAGGUUUCCAACGAGUGCCGUACGGCUCUCGCGCGCGCGACUUCGGUGUUCGUCCUGUACCUCACCGCGGCCGCUACCGCCGUUGCCCAGCAAAAGAAUCACCGCUCGCUGACCGCCGACCACGUAUUUGGGGGCCUGGAGGAGAUUGAGUUCGAAAACUUCAUCGGACCGCUAAAGGCCGAACUGGAAAAUUACCGGAAGCUGAUGAAGUCCAAGAAGGAGAAGAAGGCAGCGAAGCCGAACGCCGACAAGACUAUCGAGGACGCGGUGGUUGAUCUCGAAAAAUUGGCCGAAAACCCUUAACUUUACUCACUACCAUAGUGCUAGGCUAAAGCAAUAAAGUAUCAUUUUUCCAAUAAUGCUGUAGACUUUUGCUAUGCUUGGUGGGAAUCAUGAACGCAACCCAACGCGAUGUUACUAAAAAUGUAAAUAUAUUAUCGAUUCAACUUA